AUGCCGGCAGAAUUUAUUAGCAGAUUGUCCUUACGUGAAGCAAAUGAGAGGGCGCGAGUGGCACAAUCAAAGGAAAAGGCGUUACUACGUUAUAUGGUGACUACCGCCCUACCGUAUCUCGAUAUUAAAAGCGGUGAUGUACAGAAUGGGAUAUGCUGUAGUGGUUGCCAAAUUGCUUUGGAAAAGGCUCUGAGGUCAUCAAGGGUUCAGUCUAAUGCUUGUGCUCUACGAGACAAAGUGUACUCUUAUGAAGAAUUCAUGGAACACUUCUGGGAAUGUCGAGAAGCCCAAAACCUAUGGAUGUUGAGUAAUCAAGGGGUCGAUGUCGCUAACGUCUCGGAAUUCGUCAGGCGUGGAGCACGCGGAAUCAACAUACACGCUCCUUCCAACGGACUGGUAUAUUGCCUACUAGCACUCGACUAG